CUGGAAGGAACAGACAUGCGCUCGGUGUUUUCCUGCCUUGUCACCACAAACACCAGUGGAAGGGACAUGCAUUCAAGGCAGAGCAAAACAGCCGACAAGGGAGCCAAGCAAAGGCAGGUUCUCGUUGGGAAACAUCCCCUUUACUUGGGGAAAUCUCUCCUUCACCUGUAUAUAGGGGGAGUUUUGGGACCCAAGACAAAGCGGCUUGUUCGGCACAAUGGGUUGGAGAGGACGUCUUAUCGUGGCAGCCUUGGCCUCCUGCCUCUUGACAGCCGAAGCCUUGCGCUUGGUCCCGGAGCCGCCGAACCCUCGCUUGGGCCAGUCGGUCACCCUUUCCGUGCGGGACGUGCGGGACCCUUACAUUUGCUUCUGGUUCCGCGGAAACGCCUUCCGCAAGGAGCGCAUGAUCUUCCAGGUGGAGGUGGGCCGCGUCGUGUCCAGGCAGGGAGGCUUCACCGGCCGCGAAAGCCUGGGCAGGGAUUGCUCCUUGGUCAUCCAGAACCUGCAGCCUUCGGACAGCGGGGAAUUCUACCUCAUCGUGCAAGAAGGGCGUCCGGGGGGAAACCAGCGCUGGACGGACGCCUUGCUGCGCCUCCAAGUCGCCAACUGAAAAACCUCGCCUGAGGAGCAGCGAAGACUGCAGUUUGGACCCAAAGACGUCAAAGAUGAAGCAUCGUCCAGUUUCAUGCACGCCCUUCCUUUGCUUUGUGUUCUUCCUUGUCCCGAAAAGUGCAAGAAAGAAUAUCUAUCCCCCAU